CUAAAGAAGAAGAAGACCGUUAAGAUCUUCCGGUCUGUGCUGGGACACAUCUGUUGAGGACAAAUGGCUGCAAGGUUACUGCUCCGCUCCGCUCUGAGAACCGCGGCGACGUGCCGCGGUGCCCGGGCACCGGCUCCGCUUCUAGCCCCGGCUCUAAGCCGCAGCAUGGCAACUGGAGGUAUUCCCACUGAUGAGGAGCAGGCCACUGGGCUGGAGAAGAUCAUCAUGAAGGCCAUGAAGGAGGGAGCGGAUCCGUACAACAUGAUGAAGCCAAAGAGCUAUGCUGGCUCCAGGGCCGACCCCCACCUGGUUCCCUCCAUCACUAACAAGAGGAUCGUGGGCUGUGUCUGUGAGGAAGACAACACGGCUGUGGUCUGGUUCUGGCUUCAUGAGGGCGAGCCCCAGCGAUGCCCAUCCUGCGGCUCCCACUACAAACUGGUGGCCCAUCAUCUCCCCCAUUAACCUUUAAUUGGAGCGAUCUCCAGUUCCAGAUGGGUUUGGUUUCCACGUUCUGCUUGGCGUUUUGCCCGGCCUGAUGUUCUGCUGGAUCACUCCAUCCACCUGUUAACCUCAGCUUUUAUUUUACACCUUACAUGUUGAAUCUGCUUUAUGUUUUAGGGACCUUCAUCUUCAGUUUACAUUGACAGUUGUACUGUAUCUUGUUACAUUUGGACCACUCCUCUUAUUUAACCAAUAAAUUGCUGAACCUGUA